GCGAGUUGGGCUCCAGUUCUCGUGAGAUCUCGGUGCAGGACAAGGAGGGAGAUCCAAGCAGGAGCGACGGAGCCGGCUGCGGCAGCAGAGAACUCACAAUGGAGAACCUGGAGGAUAAUACAACUGUGUUCUCCACCCUGAGAUCUUUCAAUAACUUCAUUUCACAGCGUGUGGAGGGGGCAUCUGGUCUGGCCACACCAGAAUCAUUUCAAAGUACCUUGCAUAUGCAGUACCAGCAGAGGUUGCAGAUGGAGGAAGAAGCUGGUCAAAUCCGUUCCAAAUCUCAGCUUCUGCAAGUGGAACGGGAGAAGAUGCAGAUGGAGCUGAGCCACAAAAGAGCUCGCAUUGAGCUGGAGAAGGCAGCUAAUACUAAUGCUAGGAGCUACGAGCGAGAGGCUGACCGUAACCAGGAGCUCCUCACACGUAUAAAGCACUAUCAGGAAAAGGAAGCGGAGGCUGAGGCUAAGCUGAAGGAACAAAUGGAGAUGAAUAAAUCCUAUAAGAAGAGCAUGGAGAUUGUGAGCAAGAAGCUGCAGGAGAAGGAGAGCAAACUGGCUGAAGCUAAUGAAAUGAUCAGCGUAUUGAAGGGGAAAAUAUCUGAGUUGCAGUGGAGUUUAAUGAAUCAGGAGAUGCAAAUGACAAGCCAGGAAUCUCAGAAGCAGGAGCUGAUGGAACAGCUGGAUGUGCAACACAAAAAAUGUCAGGAGGCCAACCAGCAAAUCCAGUUGCUGCAAACAAGCCAGUCUCUGUUGGCAGAACACGAGCAGAAAAUUAAGGAUCUGGAACAGAAGCUCUCCCUGCAGGAACAAGAUGCUGCAAUUGUGAAGAACAUGAAGACAGAGCUGGCCCGAUUCCCAAAGAUGGAGCAGGAAGUGCUCCAGCUCAGGGAGGAUAAUGCCUUCUUCAGGGAAAUGAAGGAAAACAAUGGGUUACUUAGAGAGGAGGUGGAAGGUCUCCAGAGGAAAUUGGAGCGCUAUGAGAAGGUUCAGGCAGAUCUAGUGACCCUUGAAUUGGAAAAUGAGAAACUUCUGGGAAAGUUGAAAAGCUGGGAAAAACUAGAUGAGAGCACUGGCUUAAAUAUCAGGACCCCUGAUGAUCUCUCACGGCAGAUUGUUGCCCUGCAACAGAGGGAGCUUGUUCUGAAAGAGCAGAACUCUACCAUCACAAACAGUGCCAGGAUACUAGAGAAGGCUCGGCAGCAGCUACAGGAAGAGGUAUUGCGGAUCCAGAGCCAGCUACUGGAUGAGAAGAAAAAACGUGAGCAGCACGAAGGUCUUGUCAGACGCUUGCAGAAACGAGUGCUGCUGCUUACCAAGGAGCGUGAUGGAAUGAGAGCAAUUCUGGAGUCAUACGACAGUGAGCUGACCCCAUCGGAGCACUCGCCUCAGUUGAGCCGGCGAAUGCGUGAAGCAGAAGAAAUGGUGCAGAAGGUGCAUGCGCACAAUGCUGAGAUAGAGGCUCAGCUGUCCCAAGUUUUGGAAGAAGUGGGGACCCAGAAGCAAAGAGCAGAUAUGUUGGAAGUGGAGCUAAAGAGCCUGAAGUCUCAGGCAUGCACAGCAGCUCAGAGCAGCUUCGUCACUACUGAGGAAGUGAACGCACUCAGGUUAAAAAUCGAAGAGUUGGAGGCUGAGAGAGGGCGGCUAGAAGAAGAGAACAAGUCUCUGGAAAUGAAAUUGGAAAAGCUCACUCUCCAGGGUGACUAUGACCGCAGUAAAACCAAAGUGCUUCACUUCAGCAUGAAUCCAGCAAGCCUGGCCAAGCAGCAGCGAAAGGAGGAGCAGCACCAGCUUCAGGAGGAGUGUGAGAGGCUGAGAGAGCUUGUCAGGGUCCUGGAAGGAGGAGGCUCUGUCCCUGGGAAUCUGGAGAUGGUUGGAAGUUUGCAGUCACCCCAAGAAGUUGCAGAGCUGAAGAAGCAAGUGGAGAGUGCAGAACUGAAAAACCAACGGCUGAAAGAGGUUUUCCAGACCAAGAUCCAGGAGUUUCGCAAAGUGUGCUACACGCUGACAGGAUACCAGAUUGACAUUACUACUGAGAACCAGUACCGGCUCACCUCCAUUUAUGCUGAGCACCAAGGGGACUGCUUGCUCUUUAAGGCCUCCAGCUCUUCUGGUGGGAAGAUGCAACUUCUGGAAACUGAAUUCUCUCUCACAAUCCGUGAGCUCAUUGACCUGCACCUGCUGCACCAGGACAGCAUACCAGCAUUCCUCAGCGCUGUAACCCUCGAACUCUUCAGCCAUCAGACCUGUGCUUAGCCCUCACUGAAUCCCAGCCUUGUACUUUGGACGUGUGACUAUCAUUGUUUCACCACUGACCAGUCUAGUGCAGUGGAAAGGGGUUCCAUGAGCUAGCCAUGCCAAGUUCUUUUUGUUUCUUCUGCUGCAUUCGGUUGCUUCCAAUUUCUUUUGAAGUCCCCUCUCUCCUUUUCUCCCCAAACUCUUCAUGUCUGUUUGAAGAGUCAGCCAAGGAGUCUGAAUGAAGAAGGCAUUUCCUGCUUCCUCCUGAGCUGGAGUCACAUUCCUUUGGCCCAAAGUCCAAUUAUUCCUUGGCAAUAUUUGUCCAACCCAAAGGCCUAUCUUUUUUUAUGUUGAUUUUACUAACCAAUCUCUCUGACAGCUCUCAGCCCACCACACACAUGCAGAUUUCCACAGUAAUAUUUCCAGGGGAGAGCAUGUGUAACUCCAGGUCAGAGUUCCCUUUUGCCAACUCCCUACCCCCCUGUUUAUGAACAUUGAGACCUUUUUAUUAAAUUACCAGCCUCUUAUGUAGCCAGUCUCAACAGGAGUCGCUGUCAGGAAGAGCAUGAGAAUGCCAGCUUUGGGGAGCUCACAGCUGCUCAAGUCCCAGCUUCUUGCAGGACAAUCCUGUUGAAUUGGGUCUCAACCUCUCCCAACUGAAAGCUCUUUAAAACAGAGACCACAGGCUCUAGGGGAGAUGACAGCUCAAGCUGCCACCAACUAAUGAGGACUUAGGGUUGCCUUCUGGGAGUGCAGGACAUUUGUGGAGGACUGGAGUUAUGGAUGGAUAAUUGAGCCCUUUGGAUACAGCCUGCUCUCAUAGACAGCUCGCUGAUCAAUGCGAGUUGACAGUCUUUCAAGACAUAAAACUUUGCGAGAUCUAGUCCUUCAUAACUCCAGAUCCUGGUUUGCCAGAACUCAGCACCCAUCUCUCUUUCUCCCUCUUGUGCUGUAUGCCCAGUGCUUAGAUGUCGCUUGAGUGCUUUUCCUUCCUUGCGCAAGACUCUCAGGGGUUGCUUGGCUUAUCUCAGGAACACAGGGAAAGGAGCAGGGAGUGGAUGGCCUCUGUGUGGUAUAUUCACUUGAAUUGCUGUUUUGUAGCCCAGUGUCCAUAGCCAGGGUUGUCACCUUCUUGUAUUACUGGGUGUAACUCUCACCACCACCACCACCUUUCUCUCCUGACUCUGCUGAGGGACCUUUCUGACAGCUCUGAAAUCUUGUACUAUGAUGGAGGGGGGUUAGUUAGUUUGUUUUUCAGAAUAAAGUGUCACUUCCCCA